AUGGGUCUACGAAUUGGUGCACGUCGACGAAAAGAUAAACAAAAUGAGGAUAAGAGGACACGAAAAAGUAGCAAUUCAAAGAGCGCUGACAGGUUGGAUGCUCUACCUCCAGCAAGUCCCGGAAGCCUGACAACGAGGGCGGUUGAUGGUGGAACCUGUUUAGCAUCCCCCUUCCUCCCCAAUUCAAUCAGCACUGCUACUUCCAACAAUCUCUACAAUGCACAAUCAACUAGCAAUCGUAAUGUCAUCUUUCGAGACAAUCGAUUCCCCGAUGGCACUAUAAUGCCUCGUAUCCAAACACAACAGUCACAAAUCCUUCCAGUUGGAGGUGGCAAAGAAGGACGUGUGUCCCCUACAGGCUCUGUAUACUCUUCGGCCUCUGUCCAACCCGCUCUUCUCAACUAUGCAUCGUAUCCUCCUUCUUAUGUUCCGCAGUUCUCUGCUAAACCCACCGAAUUGGCCGUCAGAAGAGGUGAGCAUAUCAACGGUGACAGCGUCUACCAGUCAGUGUACGCUGAAGCCAUGCCCAAACCCGAUUACCCUUUAUCCAACGAUGGCACUGCAACCUCCAAUCGAGACAGCGGUCUUGACACCGAAUCACGCUCCUCUUCGGCUGGGAAACCGCCCUUCACCAACACUGUCGACAAAUGCUCUCGGUGGAGAGAGGCAUCACGUCAAGACGAUUACAGACAACCGAAAGGCUUUCAAUCACGACACUUGAGUCAAGGCAGGCCAAAUAGCGUCUACACUUUCAAUGAUUCGCCUCAAAUUUUGCUACCCAGAAAUUACCAAAGUGAUUGUGACACACCGGAAUUCGGAAAAGCGGCGAUUGCUACAUCAUCACGCGGAAGGCGACAAUUAAAUUCCAAUGACAUCGCCUAUGGCACCGCCAUGAUGCCCCGUCAGUGGAGAAAUCCGAAGAGCUAUGAUGAAAAGUCCUAUUCUACGCAUCAGACUGAUGGAUACUAUCGUUGCUCCUCUGCUUUGCUUAAUGAAAAUAUUCGUAAAACUUCACUUGGCACAGGUUCUUUGCAACGCAUUCAGUUGGAGGAUGACGUAUCCACUGCGAGGGGUAGUCGAGGCACAAACUAUGGACAUCCAAGAAGACGAUUCAGAAGGGAGGAUGAAUUUCAAGGAUGCACAGUAAGAUCGGCUUCCUAUGGAUUGCCUCGCAAUCAGCCUAUUCGAGGCGGCUACUUUGAGGAGAAAAACGAGAUGGAUAGAUAUGGACGUCUGUCACCUGUCAGACGUCCAAUAAGUAGAACGUGUAACAGUCGAGACGUGUGGGACUUUGACAAUGGGGGAGAUGAUUAUGUUGAUGAUGAUGACGACGACGAUGACGUGGGUUCAAGGGCGCGAGUGGAAGUGGACUACUCGGAGGAAGACGAAGAGGAGGAUGAGGAAGAUGGGGAGGACGAGGAAACUUCGAAUUUUCAAGAUGCUCCCUACACUUCCAAAUACUCAAGAGCCUAUGCUAACCAUUCACGGAUGGGGCCGAAUUAUUACCGACGAUUUAGUGUGCCCUCAAUGGCCAACCACGAAGUCAGUAUUAUCCGACUGUAG